AGACUAAGAGGAGAGCUGCAAAGGGGUGGCCUGGAGGGUAGAAGCUGCAGAAGGGGAGCUUCCACGGGGGGCUGGCAGAGGAGCCAUGGGGAAAGAGAGCUGCAGGAGAGGAGGCACCCUGUGUCAUGGUUACCCUGGGGUGGGGCUGGGCAGUGGCUUGGACCCCUCUGGAAUGAAGGCACAGCGCUGGCGUAACGAAAACUACGAGAGGCCCGUGGACCUGGAAGGGUCAGGGGAUGACGACCCCUUUGUGGAUGAUGAAAUUGAUGAUCUCUACUCGGGGUCUGGCUCGGGAUAUUUUGAGCAGGAGUCUGGGAUCGAGACAGCGGUGAGGCUCCGCAUGGACACUUCCAUCACGCUCCCCACCACCCCAGCCGUGCUGCCUGUCACAUCCAUGCAGCCCGUGGCAACUCCCUUUGAAAUGUUACCUGCCGAAGAAACGACCCCUGAGCAGGUGACCAGCGUCCUGUAUAUCCCCAGGGUGACAGAGGCACCAGUAAUUCCAGGCUGGAAAGCAACUACCACCAAUGCCUCAGCCACUGACACCUCGCCACCCGCAACGGCUGCUGCUGCUGCCAGCCCCACCACUCCCACUGCCAAGCCAACAACCGUCCAGAGGAUCCUGCCCCCCUUCGUCACGACGAUGGCCACAAUGCGGGCCACCACUCUGGAAAUGCCGACUGCAUCUGUGACGGAAGCUAGCACGGUCACGGAGCCUGCCACGUCCCGGCUUGUCACCUCCAGCACUGCCAGGCCCAGAGCUGGCCCAAAGUCGAGCACCUCCAGGACCGUGGCCGUCAUAGAGAAAAGCACUGACUUUCCGCUGCCGGCUGCUACUUUGGCCCCCACGGUCGCACCCCAGACCGAGCCGCUGGAUGUGACCGUGUCCACGGCCCUCGACAACGAGUUGGAGGUACCUGUCAGUGGCGGGCCCAGCGGAGACUUCGAAAUCCGCGAGGAGGAAGACACGACUCGGCCAGAGCUCAAUAACGAAGUGAUCGCCGCGGUUACCCUGGCAGCAGGGCCGGGGCUGGGGAAGAAUGCAGAGCCCAGCCUCAUAGACAAUACGAUAGACUCUGGGAACUCGGCUGCACAGCUCCCCCAGAAAAACAUCCUGGAGAGGAAAGAAGUGCUAAUAGCUGUCAUUGUGGGCGGCGUGGUCGGGGCGCUCUUUGCUGCCUUUCUGGUCAUGCUACUCAUCUACCGGAUGAAGAAGAAGGACGAGGGGAGCUACACACUGGAGGAGCCAAAGCAGGCGAACGUCACAUACCAAAAGCCCGACAAGCAGGAGGAGUUCUAUGCAUAAAAAGAGCCCAGAGUGCCUCUCUCUCAGUUUCACUCGAUUUCUGGUUCAACUUCCCUCUGUCCCCACCCUUCCCCAUCCAAUCUCUCUCUCUCUCUCUCUCUCUCUCUCUUUCUGAUGGGACUGUGAGUUGAACAAACAAACAAACACUAUAAUAAAAAGAAAAAUAACAUCUUCAGUUAAAAAAUAUACAAAUAAAAGUGUCACCGAUUUCAAACGAAUACCGUAACCUUUCUCCAGCGGACACAGCGUUUGCAGGGGACAGCACGUGUGAGGAGCGAACGGGCAGCCAACUUUCAGUGCCUAUGCGAUCACUCCUCAGAUGAGAGCAUGCUUGGGUGGUCAUUUUCCUGAUGAUGGUUGGAGUUUCCUGGGUGUACCAAACAACACUACUGAUUCUGAGAUCUGAACACCUGUUACCAGAAUCAGGGUAGGGGUGUGAAUUUGGGGAGAGGGAGGGUUUUCUUUCUUUUUGUUGGGUUGGGGGGUUGGUUUCUUACUGGGAGUCGCUGCUCCAUGGCUCUAUUUGGAAAGAGGAUGUGACUGUCAAAUACAAUGUCAAGCCUUGAAAAAGCACAAUGAGAUGAAACAUCUAACGCUGCAAUUUGCUCUCGGAAUGAAAAAUGGCCAGUGGGCUGGAGCGGAGCUUUUAGAUCACCUCCUCAGAGAGUUCACAUAGCUGCAGGGAGCCACAGUUUGCAGUUGUGUGGGGCUCCCUUCCUGACACUGCUUCACUUCAUUGCAUUGCUGUGCACAGCCAGAGACCUUAAGUGUAUAGAAACCACGUUUUGUGGGCUGAGCAGGGGCUUGAUUGACAGGGACCUUGCUUUGGCUGGGUUUUCACUGUGACGAAUAAACGCAGCUAGCGCAGUAUACCCUGCUCUUUGCAGACAACCCACACUCAUGUUUUUAAGGGAAACAGGACGUUGGGGGACGGGGGAUUGACAAGAACAAACAACAAAAGGCUAGAAGGUCAUCUGUGUUCCUUUGAAUGUGAUAAUAUCUCACAAACCUCAUCAAGCCGCACUUUGCAGACAUUCUCCUCAGAUGUUGUUUGGUGAUAGCUCCUGUCAAAUUACAGGAAAUUAAGAAAAUAAAGGAGACAAUAGUAGGUUUUCAAGGGUCACUGUCAGGUCAGUUUAGCUUGAAGAUGUAUCAUUUAUUAAAUCCAAUGAAAUGUUUCCAUUAUUUUUUUUUAGUUUUUAUUUUUAAAACUCCUGUCUAAACUUUACAGCCCUGCGCUAGGACCUGACUGACUUCCAAUGGGCUUUGGAUCAGCUUUGUCCAAAAGGGAAACCAACUAGAAGCAACUGUGAAACUGACUAAUGUGUUCUGAAUCAUCUGAGGUGCGUUUAAGAUGGAAAGAGAAUAAGUGGCAUGAGGGGCCGAUCCAGAACCCAGGCAUUGGGCCCAUAGAGUGGAACAUUCAGUGAGAAAUUUGAAUUCGCCGGUUUUAAUAAUCUAAAGGGCUGUUUGUGAUACAGUUAAGGAAACUGGGUUUUUAAAAAGAUUAUUUGGAUCUUGACCAUGUUCCUUUGAGGCCCUGACUUCACUAUUGUAUUUAAUUAAAAAAAAAAAAAAAGCAGUUGACAUCCUGAUGUCACCAUUGGCACCAUAUGGGCAUUUAGCUCAGGCAGUAUAGACACAGGCAUUGACAUCCUGAGGUGCUUGGGUCAAGCCCCCCAAAUAACCCAUCCAAAGCUGUUGUUCCCUGUGGAACUCUCUCGUGGGUCAGUGAGGGCACACAUGUAACUGGGAACAGGAUAUGCCCUGUUAUCUCACCCUCCUCUGGCUAGGGACCUCGUGGGCGCUUUUUAGUGGGCCGCGCUGGGGACGAUCUGCUCAUGGAACCAGAAAAAGUUUCAGCACAGCCCAGAGAACAAAGUGGCUCUGCCAUGUGGAUGGGAGAGGAGAAUUGUGGCCAAAGCAAACAUCCGGUGAUACCAGCUGGUAUCUAGUGAAAGGCACAAGAAUGACACUCUGGGCUUGGUUCUGAUGUCACACCAGGGUAACUCCACUGAUGUCAGCAGAGUUAUUCCUGAUUGAUCCCAGUGUAACUGACAUCAGAAUGAGGGCUGUCAGUCAUAUGAAAGGGCCCCUCCAGGGCUCCCAGGAGGUGAGCGCCAAAUGUUUCAAGAUUUGGUGAAAAUUUGGAUGGAGGUUUGUUUUUUCUCACCAGCUUUAGGCUGAGAUUUUUCAAAAGGGACUUUGAUUUCGAGUGUCUUUAUUUCUAGGUACUGUAUUGACACCUUAAAGGGGGUCUAAUUCUCAGGGAGUGGAUUCUGAAAAUCAAGCCCCUUAAAGGUAUCUCAAUUUGGACACCCCAAAAGCGGAGGCAACCAAAAAUCAUUAGUUCCCUUUGAAAGACAUGGUCCUAAUCUUUUGAGUGUAUAUUAAAACCUCCAAGCUUAACUUUUUAAAUUUUGCUUUACUCAGCUUCCUCAUUAAUCUGCUCCAUUCUACUUUUUUUCCUUAAUAGUCUGAAGUACUGUAAUACAACUUUUUUUAUUAUUAUCCACUUAAGCUUACCUUUAGACCUCUCAGCUGGUAUUAAGUUAUAAUCCCGAUACUUAAAUCUUUUACAGGUUUGGAAGGGAGUAACGAUCUCAAAAUGUGAGUGUUAGAGCAGGCUGAAAAAUCCUUCUUUCUCUUAAAAGAAUUUAAAGUACAAAAAGACAAAAAAAAAAUUAUUUAAAACACUGAUCAGAGUUGACCAAUGUCUUAAUUUAUUGUCCAGAAGCUGCUGCUACCACUCUCUUUCUGUGUCUCUCUUGGACUGGAAAGUAGAUGUGAUCUCAAGGAGAUUUUUAUCUUGGCUUGUGCCAUACCUUUUCUUUAAAAAAAAAAUUAAAAUCAGUCACCAAUAGGCCCUUCCAACUGUCUCAGCUAUCCACAGUGAAAGGGUAGCUGUAAGAAUCAACAGCUAGGAAUAAGCAUUCCUGAUGUGUUUGAUGUCUUCUCUUCUGUGCAUCGGCUGGGGGACUAGAAGUAACUAUACCAUGAAUGUGGCUUUCUGUAUCUUAAUUUGUUGGAGGAAAUCAUCCAAGAGCUGUCAAUAAUCAAAUGCUGCAAGGAUUUGAUCCACGGCCCACCGGAAUACUAGGAAAGACUCCUGUUCAUUUCAGUGGGGUUAGGACUGUGGGACCCAAUUGGAAGUCAGUGGGAGUUGGAGGAUUAACUCCAUUGGGUGCUUUUGAAAAUCCUGCUCUCAACACAUGAGGAAAUAUGAGUUUCUCCUAGGGCUCCAGGGGGGUUGGUGAGACUCCUGGUGUGAGCCUUGAUCAAAGGGAGGGGAGGGUGUAAAGCAGGUGAUUUUCCCCAGCUGUUGAUCUGGUAAUGAAACAGAAUAUGUAUUAUGAAAAUCAGCUCACGGUAGGUACUGUGUAAGGCAGCAUCUUAACAAACCCUGGGCUUGUGUGGCUAGGGGACAUGGUGCAAAUCUUUGGUUACCUUCUCUGCUUCAGAUGCUGAUUGGUUUAUAGGGCCUGAGUCGGUGAGGUGGUGAGUGCCCUCAGUUCCAGUGGGCUCGUAGUCAAGAAAGGAAGCCCAAAAAUGGGAUUUCAGUGAUUCCACAUCUGAAGUCCUGGCUGUGCGCCUGCUGCCUUAUCCCAUGACCUGCAGUACACAGCAUUUCUUGAUGAUUGCCUGGAAAGCUUCAGCGAGCCCAGAUGCAGCAUUUGGCACUUCGGAAGAUCACGUGGCCCUAACGCAAGACCCAGAAGGAGGUGAUCUAUUAAGUCAGAAAGUAACUUUUCCCCAUAGUCACAUUCGAACCCUACGGCCACUCUUCCAAUUCUGCCCUUUCCUGCUGCCUGGCUUUGCAAAAGGUUUUCUGGGCAGUGAGCAGAGCAGAACCUGAGGUGAUAUCGUGAAUGCAGGCUGAAGCCCUGAUGUAGAGAAGGGCUCAAAUCAAAAUGCAGGAUUCCCCCCUGAACUUUGCAAGGGUUCUGAUUCUGGAUCCGCUUUGACGACUGACCCCUUGGACUAACCCAAAUCCGGGGUCCGCACACAUGAGAAUUUAGGAGCAUUUAGAAUCCAAAUCUGCAACUGCAGUGGUGGAACCGGGGCUCAGGUGUGCUGAAAGCCUGGCCCAAAUGUUGGAGCCCUUGCUACACAAGGGCUACACAGAGAUAGCUGGAAUACUCCUGAAACUGGAUCCAAUGUUUCCUAGCCUCGCUGGCCCUGUCUCAUCUUGGUGUCUCUGCAGUGAAGCCACUUCAGAUUUAUACCGAUGUAAACACAAGCAGAAUCUGGACCAGAGUCAAUAAUGGGCCCUGCUACAGGCUGCAGAGUUUCUUUGCACAUUGACAGUUCCAUUCUCUGUUCUUCUGUUAAAAUGACAAAGGUCCCGUAUAUAGUAACCUGCCUUGCUCAGUUUGAGCCUUUAGCUUUUGGUAUAAUUCAAAACUAGCUAAUCUCCAGCCCAGAAUCUGAUUCCCCCUCCUGCACAGAGGCUUUGUUCCAAUUAAAGUGGUUAGUUAAAAAUGAAAAGGAAUUUUUUUUCUCCUUCUAUUAUUAUAAAUGUUCAUAGUCUGCAGCACUCUCUGGGCUUCCAGGCUUUGAAAGGCUUUUGGCACUGAAACAUUUAUUAGAAUAAUUGAGUCUUGUGAGGCACAUAGCCAGCUGCUCUGCAGUCCUGAGCAAAUACAAAUCCAUUCCAGUGUUUGGAGGAAAAGCUAGCUGGAUGGAGGUCUGAACUCUUAGAAGAAUAUAUGUGUGUGUGUGUGUGUGUAUAUAUGUAUAUGUAUAUGUAUAUGUAUGUAAUUUACAUAUGUAUAUACAUAUAUACUUGUGUGUACACACACACAGAGCUUUAAUUCAAGCCACCUAUGUAAACUAAGUGGGAGGAAACUAUUGUCCUAGAUUUAAGAGUGCUAAAUUCUGCAGAGACUUUGGACCAGUUCCUCAGCCAGAGGAGUCAGUUGACAUCAGCUGAGGAUCUGGCCCCUUUUUCCUUUCUUGACCCUUUCUCAGCAAGGGCCUGAGCCAAAGCCUGGAGAUGCUGAUGGAAAGCCUCCCAUUGACUUCGGUGGGUUUUGUAUGAGGGGCCUAGAGGCAACUUAGCACAUAGUGCCCAGUUAUUGUGUCAGGCCAUUCAGAACCAUUUUCAAGGGGAUUGCAUUUGGUGACUUCCCUUUUCCUCCAUGCUCUUUGUCCAGUGCAGACAUAGAGGAAGAUCAGUCAGGUAAACGGACACAGAGCUUUCAAAGACCUCUCAGUUAUUCCCUUCUGACACCAAGUGUCUUGUGCCUCCAGAUCAGUGGACAUCCUACGUAUCUACAGAAAAGCUCAGUCUGGAGUGGCACCUUUUUGGAAAGUUUUGGAUUUGGAACAACUCGAAACAGAAGAUUUCAGUGAGCUGCCCAGAAUUUUUAAGAUCCUGCCACCAGAUCUUGCGCACUGCAUUUUCAAAGACCUCAAGGGUACCAGUGACUUUCUGAGCAUAAACCACCGUGUUUUGGCUCCCAGAGGUCUAAGUCAUAAACGUACAGUUGACAAUCAAACCAGACAAAACAAAUUAUAAUAAUAUCUCUCUCUCCACAUUAUAUGGUAAAUCUGCUUUUAAAAAUCACUUAUGAAGCAACGUACUUAUCUAACAUUAAUAUUCAACACCAAAUCUCCGGGAUAAAACGCCACCCAUUGGUUAUUCUGUAAAUAAACACAAAGCCAACUUUAUACAUU